GCCCAUGAUGGAAACGGCUGUUAAACAAUUCUGUCGAAUAUUGACUAAUUCUGCAAUCCUCAGAACAAAAUGUAGCCCAAUAAGACCUAAAAGGGAGUUUUCAACCAUCGCUGAAUAUGAAUCAAACAGCAAAAAUGAGGAAACUCAAAAGGAAACAUCUAAACAUGGUUUGAAAAUUAAAAAUUAUGGCAAUAAGCUUGCUGACGGCCCUUCGCUUCAUUAUUUUAUUACUAAAAGUACCACGAACUUUGAAGUCGACCAGUCUGUAGGUCCAUCCGAAAAUGAAGACAUUGUGCCGUAUUUUUCACCAGAAAUUCUCAGUGGAAAAGGAAGAAAGGUGUGUAUAGAAACUCAUGGAUGUCAGAUGAAUUUUAGUGAUACAGAGGUUGCUUGGAGUAUUCUCAAGGAAAAAGGAUUUGAACGUACAGAUUGCCUACCAGAAGCAGAUGUCCUGUUAGUUGUCACCUGUGCGAUAAGAGAGGGGGCUGAGCAGAAGAUUAGGAAACGGUUGGCCUAUUACUCUGGUUUAAAGAAAAGAAGGCAAAAACUUAACCCCAAAGUUCCUGUGAAGAUAGGCAUUUUGGGCUGCAUGGCAGAACGUUUGAAAACUAAACUUUUAGAACAAGAGGAUGUAGACAUCAUCUGUGGUCCUGAUUCAUACAGAGAUCUACCAAGGAUGCUGGCCUCCUCACAGGCUGGCCAUUCAGCAGUCAAUGUUCAGCUGUCAAUGGAAGAAACCUAUGCAGAUAUUAUGCCUGUCAGAUUGAAUGAAAAUUCUAAAUCUGCCUUUGUGUCAAUAAUGCGAGGCUGUGACAACAUGUGUAGCUACUGUAUUGUACCAUUUACCAGAGGCAGGGAGAGGAGUCGGCCUAUUGAGUCCAUUAUCAAUGAAAUAAAAACUUUGUCUGAUCAGGGUGUAAAAGAAGUCAUGCUACUUGGUCAGAAUGUGAACAGUUACAGAGACCUUUCUGAAUCUCAGCAUUUUGGGGGUAUUGGUGGUGACAGGCCCACAGUGAUGAGUGAGGGGUUUGAGACGGUCUACAGGCCCAAACAUGGUGGCAAGAGGUUCAGUGACCUGCUGGACAGGGCUUCUCUGGUGGAUCCUGACAUGAGAAUACGGUUUACGUCACCACAUCCUAAGGACUUCCCAGAUGAAGUACUCUAUCUGAUACAAGACAGGCCUAAUAUAUGUAAGCAGAUACAUUUGCCUGCACAGAGCGGGAACUCUGAUGUGUUAGCUGCCAUGAGGAGAGGCUACACACGUGAGGCAUAUAUACAACUGUUACACCACAUUCAGGAAGUCUUACCAGGUGUCUCACUGACCAGUGAUUUCAUAGCUGGUUUUUGUGGAGAGACUGAAGAAGCCCAUGAAGAUACUUUGUCACUCCUCAGGCUGGCCAAGUAUGACUUUGUGUGGGCAUUCCCAUACAGUAUGAGACAGAAAACCAAGGCAUUCCAUUGGUUACAAGAUGAUGUUCCACAAAUAGUAAAGCAAAGGAGAAUGGAAGAAAUUUUAGAUACAGCAAGAAAAGAGAUGGGAAUGAAGAGAAAAAGUGAAAUUGGGAAGUUGCAAUUGGUCCUUAUUGAUGGGGACAGCAAAAAGUCGUCUGCUGACCUGGUUGGUAGAAAUGAUGGAGGUAUUAAGGUUGUUUUUCCCCAGUGCUCUUUACCUGGGAACAGUGACCAAGAUGCAGCUAGUUCAAGUCCCUUGAAACCUGGUGAUUAUGUUAUUGUGAAGGUUACAAGUGCAGAAGGUCAGACAAUGAGAGGUGUUCCUGUAGCUCGCAACUCUCUACGUGAAUUCACCACAGCAGAGUGACAUACACACUGAUACACGGACAAGGAGUCGGGAGUUUAGACCGUUGACUUCAGUUUGAGAGCCAAACCUCUGAAAACAGACAGUAUUCAAGAAACUAAAGAAAAUGAUAAAGGGCCUGGACUUAUUAUCACAAAGUCUGAUAUUUAAUCAGAAACAAAGUUGCACAUUUUACUAAUUAGAAUAUUUGAAUUAUCACCCCUCCCCCCUUCAUAAAAUCCACACUUGGCACAUUUGUAACAUUGAAAUUCAGUACAUUCAGAGCAAUACAACGUACAUUAUAUUAUGCCCUAAACAUUAAAAUAGAUCAAAGAAAUCCACUUUUAAGUUUUCUCUCUAAAGUUGAGUGUUAUUGACAUAAAUCUAUCUGUAAUGAUUGCAUGGAUGCCAAAUGUCAUCUGAGUCAAAGAUGGCUACUUUUGUGUGUGCUAUUUUUAUAUUGAUUGAUAAUUGGCGUGCAGAUGCACUGGUCCUUAGUAUCAUAGAAUUGCCAAGUCAGAUCUCCCAUUUUCUACUUGUAGUACACAAGCACUUGCUGUGAUCUCUUGAUAAAAUAAAAAAACAACAACGCAACUUUAUGACCUAACUCCACUGGGAGAAAUAGCACUUACCAAGUGCUAAUGCAAAAUCUAUUUCUGAUGGUUAUAAGAUGUAUCACUAAGUAUUGGUAAGAAAAUAAAAGCUACUUUGAGUCUCCAGGGUUGAUCGUGCGCUCUGGCCACACCGGCAUCAGGCCUUAUGUCGGAGUACAAGAGGAUUGGGAUUGUUGUCGAAA